AUGAAUGGAAAAACUCGACUACCACCACUGGAAGCACCUCCACAGGAAUUUCUACAUUACAUGACCGGGGAAACACAAGAAUCAAAACACUUUCUUCAAAAUAUAAGAUCAUAUAACUCCUGCUUUCAAAUGACUUCUUUCGGUGUUACUUCGACCAACACUAAUAGAAAUAAAUUUGAAUAUGUAUUUUCAAUUCAGGGGCAAAUUUAUCACAAAAUAGGAUCGUUACUGCCAAUGCCUAACGAAGACUAUAAAUUUCUGCAAGUAUAUUUCAUCGGAAAUGAAGAACAAGAAAUUGAUCAACGAUGCACAAAUUUUAAUGGAUUGAGUUGCGAAAUAAUCCGAAAUGUACAGAAGAUCUUACACAGAUACAAUCAAUUGAUUUACAUAUUCAAAACAACAUUAGACCGCAUGAUUUCUGAUGACUAUAAAAUUGUAAUUCGAGCCGAUAAAAGACCACCUGGAGAGCACGAACGUAGAUUUAAUGCACCUCAGAUAGAUGAAGUUGCCAUCGUAAUUGUAGACAAUGAAAAUACAAGCCGUGACAUAAUUGUACAACGAAGAGGAAAAGGACUACAACGCAUUGCAGAGACACACCGUUCCUAUGAUGCUCUUCAAUAUCCAUUAAUAUUUCUGCACGGAGAGGACGGAUACCAUUUCAAUAUAAAACAAGUGCAUCCUGAAACAGGCAUAGAAACAAACAAAAAAGUCACUUCCAAUGAGUUCUAUGCUUACCGCUUAAUGAUCAGAGACAAUGAAACAUACAAUCACAUACUCAACACUCGCCGUUUAUUUCAACAAUUUCUGGUAGAUAUGUACGCAAAAAUAGAAGCAGAACGGAUGCUUUACAUAAGACUGAAUCAGAAGAAACUACGCACAGAAGAAUACAUCCAUCUUCGAGACGCGAUCAUGAAUGACGGCAAUAUUGACGAUAUUGGAACAAUGGUAAUCUUACCCUCAUCAUACACAGGAAGUCCAAGACAUAUGCAUGAAUAUACUCAAGAUGCCAUGACUUACGUAAGAAAAUAUGGACGACCUGAUCUCUUCAUAACAUUUACAUGCAACUCAUCAUGGCCAGACAUCAAAGAACAACUAAAAUACGGACAAACCUCCAUGGAUCGACACGACAUAAUAGCCCGAGUUUUUCGACAAAAACAAAAAAGAUUUAUUGAAGUCAUCACAAAAUACCACAUCUUUGGAACCGUUCGAUGCUGGAUGUAUACAAUUGAGUGGCAAAAACGAGGAUUACCUCACUCACACAAUCUCAUAUGGCUACACGAUAAAAUUUAUCCCACGGAUAUUGACAAAAUCAUCCAAGCAGAAUUUCCCAAUCUACAAAAAGAUCCGGAACUGUACAACAUAGUAGUGAAAAACAUGAUUCACGGACCAUGUGGAUCAUUAAACUUCAAUGCACCAUGCAUGAGUGAUGGAAAAUGUACAAAAAAAUAUCCAAAACCAUACUUGGAUGAUACAAAAACUGAAGAAGACGGCUAUCCGAAAUAUAGAAGACGAUCACCGAAAAAUGGUGGCUUCACAGCAAAAAUAAGAAUACAAGGCAAAGACGAACUGGAAAUAGAUAACCAAUGGGUAGUACCAUAUAACCCACUACUUUCGAAAAUGUUCCAAGCUCACAUAAACGUUGAAUACUGCAAUUCAGUAAAAUCUAUUAAAUACAUAUGUAAGUACGUAAACAAAGGUAGUGAUAUGGCAGUAUUCCAAAUAGUCCAAAAUAGCGAACAAAAUAACAGAAAUGAUGAGAUUCUUAUGUACCAAAUGGGAAGAUACAUCAACAGUAACGAAGCAGCAUGGAGGAUUUUUAGUUUUCCCAUACAUGAACGCAAACCAGCUGUGCAGCAUCUAGCAGUACAUUUGGAGAAUGGACAAAGAGUUUACUUCACAAGAGACUCGACUAGAAAAAUUGCAAGCGAACCACCUGAGAACACAACAUUAAUAGCUUUUUUCCAACUGUGCCAAACGGAUUCAUUCGCAAAGACAUUACUGUAUGUUGACGUCCCUAUUUAUUAUACGUGGGACAAAACAAGGAAAAUUUUUCAACGACGAAAACAAGGAAUGCCAGAGGAGGGUCAUCCAAAAAUCAUGAAAGCUGACACAAUAGGUCGAGUAUACACUGUACAUCCAAACAAUGCCGAAUGUUUCUAUCUCCGGAUGUUGUUACACGAAAUACGGGGACCAACAAGUUUCACAGAUCUCAGGACUAUUAACGGCUACCUAUGCCAGACGUACAGAGAAGCAUGUCAACGCUUAGGAUUAUUGGAAAACGAUAACCACUGGGAAUUAACACUACAAGAAGCUACACUCAUAGCUUCAGCUGAACAACUUCGAGAGUUAUUCGCCAUAAUUCUAACAACAUGUAACCCAUCGAACCCAAAACAACUAUGGGACGCUUUCAAGAGGAGUAUGAGUGAUGAUAUAUUGUACCAAAUCCGACAAACUAAUCCAGAACUGACUAUAGAAUUCAAUGAUGACAUCUUCAAUGAAACACUCAUUCGCUUAGAAGAUAAAUGUUUAGCAAUAAAUAACCAGGCUUUAGUAGAACUUGGAAUGCCAGCACCACAAAGAAAUGCUUUCAGUGUGUUAAACUACGAAAUUACAAAGGAAAAAAGCUACAACGUCAAUGAACUGCUUGAAUACAUUGCUCACAACAAACCACUCCUCAAUGACAAUCAAAAAAAAGUUUACGACGUUAUAAUGGACCGGAUAAUUAACAACACUGGUGGAAUUAUUUACUUGGACGCACCAGGAGGCACCGGUAAAACGUUUCUACUAAAUCUAAUACUGGCAGAAAUACGUGUUAAAAAACACAUCGCACUGGCACUAGCAUCAUCCGGCAUUGCAGCCACACUUAUGGAAGGAGGACGAACUGCCCAUUCUGCUUUACAACUACCGUUGAAUAUAGCAGAACAACAAUUCCCGGUAUGUAAAAUCUCAGGAAAAUCUGGACGGGGUCAAUGUCUAAAACAAGCUAAAGUUAUCUUAUGGGAUGAAUGCACCAUGGCCCAUAAAAAAUCACUUGAAGCAAUGGACAGAACAUUACAAGAAUUGCGAAAAAACUCUGAAAUAAUGGGAGGAGCUCUACUCAUACUGUCGGGAGAUUUUCGACAAACACUUCCAGUUAUUCCCAAGUCAACACCAGCAGACGAAAUCAAUGCAUGCUUAAAAAAGUCACAUCUCUGGUCACAAGUACAAAUACUGCAAUUAACAAAAAACAUGAGAGUUGAAUUAUCAAAAGAUGAAACAACAGCACAUUUUGCUAAAAUACUUUUACAAAUAGGUGAAGACACAUAUCCUACUAACCAAACGACCGGCCUCAUUGAACUCAAUAGUGAUUUCUGUAACAUAGCCACUACUGAAAACGAUCUAAUCGACAAAAUUUAUCCAAAUUUUGUUCAGAACUAUACCAACGUAGAGUGGUUAUUUCAAAGAGCAAUUUUGGCUACUAAAAAUAAUGUUGUUGACGAUAUCAAUUUUAAUAUUCUAAAGAAAAUACCUGGUGAAGAGAGAAUAUAUAAAUCGAUGGACACGAUGGUAUCCAGCGAGGAAAGUGUCAACUUCCCCACAGAAUUUCUGAACUCUUUACAAGUACCAGGAAUGCCAUUACACUGCCUUCGUCUGAAAAUUGGAUCUCCAAUCAUACUACUGAGAAAUCUCAGCUCUCCAAAACUAUGUAAUGGAACGAGGAUGAUCGUAAAACAGCUAUCGAAUAAUAUUAUUGAAGCUGAACUUAUUUCUGGAAAGAACAAAGGACAAACAGUAUUUAUACCUAGAAUACCACUGAUCUCUUCUGAAUUGCCAUUUCAAUUUAAAAGAUUGCAAUUUCCAAUUAAAUUAGCUUUUAGUUUUACAAUUAACAAAGCGCAAGGACAAACUUUAAAAUAUUGUGGCAUUAACCUCAAAGAACCCUGCUUCUCUCACGAAAAUCUGGGAGAUGGUGUUCAAAAACUGCAGCAGGCUUUCCAGUGCCGUAUUGCCACUUACAGGUUUCGUGUUAAAGGAGACUGUAUAGAUCCUUCGCAGUUUAUGAAUGACGUAAAGCAAAAAGUGAGUAACGUGUUGAGUGAUUAUAUUAGAAAUCACCACAGCUUUAAGGUUAGUUUGGAACUUUUUAGACUUUAUAUUAUACCUGUUAAAGAGAUAUCAGAAAUAAAGUCAUUUAAUACAAAAAAUAAAGUAGUAACAAUAUCCUCUGACUUGAACGAAAUUUAUGAUGACUUUAAAGAUGCAAUUAUGACCAAAGCUUCUGAGUUUGAAGAAGCAAAAUCUGGUUGGAGUCUAAAAAAUGUUAUGUUUUUGAAUUUGUACAUUAACAAGUACAGUCCACUGACAGCGUCUUCGUAUAUAAGAUUACCGUGCUCAAUUGAAAAGAAAGGAGGUACGUUGAACAUACAAAAUCAAGAUAGUGCUUGCUUCGCUUGGAGCAUCAACGCGGCGAUAUUCCCACAUGAUGGUGAUCCUACUAAACCAGAAUCAUAUCCUCAUUAUAAUACACUACUUAUUUUUGAUGGGAUUGAGUUUCCUGUCAAACUAGGAGAUAUACAUAAAUUCGAACAGUUAAACAAUAUAUCUGUCAACGUGUUUGGGCUUGAAACAUAUUUUAAAGAUAGAAAAAUGGUCACCGAAGUAGUUGGACCUUUCUACCAUACGCCCAGCCGCCAAGCUACUCAUGUGAAUCUUCUAUUGACAACGGAUGAUAAUGGAAACAGCCUAAUUAACAAUUUAAUCCAGACUUGUGCGAAGCCAAAAGACGAAUCAUAA